UAUAUGAAAUUCCAAUUGCAAGAAGAAUGUAAAGUGCUUUUCCUCCGAACUAGAAAUAAUAGUACAGCAUUGUAUGAAGAAAUAAUUGUUAGAGUUUGCAAUAUUGCAAAAACUGAUCGAAGGUUAGGAUCUUUAACUAGAGAUAUUGGUGGAUGGUAUAAUAUGUAUCACUACAAAUUUCAUGUAGCAGCAGUAAAGUUAGUGAAUGAAUUUAGAUCAAUUAAUGAAAGCACAGAAGAACCUUAUGAUGAAUUAGAUGAAUUUAUUUCUGAUGAAGUAUGGAAACAAUUACUGCAAAUGCACCUAAAGGCGACGAAUCAAACAAAAUUGAAAAAAAAUCCUGAAAUUCUUAUGAAGCUUAGAAUUUUU